AUGGGGGGAAAAAGAAACCUUACUAAAGUUGUCUCAUCUGUGAAGCACAGCUUUAGCAAGGUGGCUGAAAUGGUGGGAACAAUUCACCCGAGUUUCCAGGCGCUAAAGCUGCGAGGUCUCUGCAGGAGAGCGGAAGAUCCUUUACUCUCUCUUGACAUCGUGUUCCUCGCACCCAUUUUACACGCACGGGUUCCCACUGUCCCUCAGCAGCAUGCGGACAGCAGCAGGCAGCUGACCGUGCUCAUCCAGCGCGCCCUUGACCUUUCCAGCUGGGCUGACCUGCUGGCGAUGGCACUCCUAGGUUCCCAUCACCCUGCUUUUUCUUCGCCGCUAGCCAGGAACCGCUCCAGGGUAGCCCAGUUGUACCCAUACCGAAUGUUCCCCACAGGCGGGCACCGCCCGCGGCCUGACGCUUUUCUCCUCAGGAUUGGUCCAAAGGAGGAGUUUUUCCACUGUUCAAAGUGUAAUUUGUGCCUGAGCUUGAGUCUUCGAGGAAAGCACAAGUGUAUUGAAAACGUCUCCAGGCAGGACUGUCCGAUAUGUUUGGAGGAUAUUCACACAUCUCGCGUCGGAGCUCAUGUUCUGCCGUGCGGUCACCUGCUUCACAGAACAUGUUACGAGGACAUGCUAAAGGAAGGUUACAGGUGUCCUUUGUGCAUGCACUCAGCUUUAGAUAUGACAAGGCACUGGCGUCAGCUGGAUGACGAAGUAGCGCAGACUCCUAUGCCCACAGAGUAUCAGAACAUGAUGGUGGAGAUCCUUUGCAAUGACUGCAAUGCCCGGUCUACAGUGCAGUUCCAUUUCCUAGGCAUGAAGUGCAAAAACUGUGAAUCGUACAACACUGCCCAAGAUGGGAGGUGCCGGCUGCCUUUGGAGGAGCAGUGACCGAGAUACGCGCUGCAUUCGGCUGGAUGAGGAACGCUUUGCCAUGGAAAAGAUUUAGCUAUUUUAAAAAAAAAAAAAACCAAACACCAAAACGCUUGUCAGGAAAAACUUAUUCAAAGUCGUCAAGGCACCAAUGAAAUGGUUGCAAGAUUUUAAUUCAUGCCGGUGCAAAGGAGUUUCGCUAAUCGUGCCCCCCUCCCUAGUACCGGGGGCGACAGCGUGGUCAGGCCCUUCAGGAAAUUCCCCACAGCGUGAUGCCCGGUGAAGGUUAGUUUCUAGAGAGAACAGCACCCUUGAAAACCGCCGGUUGCUGUGCCAGAGGAGAGGCAGCCUAGAAAAAUGAACAAAUGAGAUGCAAGAUGAGAAAUGAAUAAGCAGCUGACACAGCAGAAGAUCUUUUGGGGCAGCUGAUGAUUGUGAGUGUGACGGGAGGUGGGAGUAUAGCUAAUUCCGGUUGCAGCUGUUGGGGGAGCAAAAUCUUCAGCUUUGAGAGGGGCUUUUUACAUAAAGCUGACAUCUGCGAAGUUUUAUGCGAGGACGUUUUGUUCCUUUUGAAUGACGUGUUUGUCCUCGGAGCCAUCGGCGCGAGUGGAAAGAGAGCUUGCAGAAAUUGCACCCCUUGGCCUGAUUUGUUGACGGGCACGUGCAGGCGGCGUGCCUACAGAAAUUCGCUUUGAAACAAGGCUGGCCUGCCUGCGUAGGCGUGACCAACGGCCUAAAAAUGGAGCCGCAAAGGCCGCCCUUCUCCCCCAGACACCCGCCUGGCCUGCUGCCUCUUCGCUCGGGUUCCUUUGCCAGCUGCAGUCGCGUUUACACCCACUUCCUCCUCAUUUUGCUUUGCUCGCUUACAAAGGCCGAGGUGUCGUAGGGUUUCAGGCGCGUACGUAGCUCGAUGUUGCGAUGGUUAAGGACGCUUGGCGAAGCACGUACCGUUGUCAGGAUUGAGGUCGGGCCACCCGAUGGGGCUGAGCUGUUCGUAGCAGUUCACAGAGGCACUCGACUAGUGCAGCGACCAAUUUUCUGUGGUUUGGGGUUGUGUUUUUGUUUUUUUUUUUUUUAAUGUUACCCAGUUUCACUGUGGGGAGAGAAUGGUGGAUGGAGGAGUGCUGUUUAAAAAAAAAAACCUUCCCACCCUUCUUCAUGUAAUAUCCUGCCCAAGGUGGUUUGCAGUCUAAAUGUUACGGAAAGUUUAGUUUCUGAGAAUUUCAGAACGUGCAAAUAGCAUUCAA